CAAUUUAAAAAAGAAAGUAAAUAAGAGACAUUUACAAAAUUUAAAGCGAAUUUUAAGUGAUAUUUAAGAAAAAAUAGGAAAACUUUAAAAGUAAAAACCUAAAAAAAUCAAUACAAAAUGGAAGGAGAAUCCACGGAGUCAACUCAUAAUACAAAAGUUUCAGAUUCAGCAUAUUCAAAUAGUUGCAGUAACAGCCAAUCUCAAAGAAGUGGAAGCUCAAAAUCUCGCCUAAGUGGAAGUCAUUCAUCGGGAAGUAGUGGUUAUGGCGGUAAACCUUCUACACAAACCAGCAGCAGUGAAAUACAUCUCAAUAAGCGUGUCAAAGAUAAGUCUCGCAAGAAGAAGAAGCUUAAGUGUUCCACCAGUACCGCUACAAAUGUUUUAGAAAAUCAAGAAGAUGUUGCCAAAACAAAUGAAGUCCAAGAUGAGGAAAAAGUCGAUAUUAAUGACAUAACAAUGACUCAAACUAGCCGACAAAAAGAUAAUAAAGAGAAUUUGGAAAAAGAAUCUAGUGAACCCAAAUCUGAGAAAUCAUUAUUGCAAUUUCCAACACCAUCUCCAUUAUCAGCCACCACACAGCAAGGAGUUAAAUCGGAAAAAACUUGUGAAUCGGCGCCAGGAAAAUUAGAAUCCUCAGGCAAAACAGACAAAUUUAAGGAGGAUAGCUUUUGUUGUGUCAUUUCAAUGCACGAUGGCAUUGUUCUUUAUACUACACCCAGUAUCACAGAUGUCCUCGGUUUUCCACGAGAUAUGUGGCUAGGGCGAUCAUUCAUUGACUUUGUUCAUACCAAAGAUCGAGCUACAUUUGCAAGUCAAAUAACCACUGGAAUACCAAUAGCCGAAUCACGCAGUAGUAUGCCAAAAGAUGCCCGUAGUACAUUUUGCGUUAUGCUAAGACGUUAUCGGGGGCUUAAGUCUGGUGGUUAUGGAGUUAUAGGUCGUUCGGUUAAUUAUGAACCAUUUCGUUUGGGAUUGACAUUCCGCGAAGCACCGGAAGAGGCUCGUUCUGAUAACUAUUUACCAAGUGGCACCAAUAUGUUGUUGGUUAUAUGUGCCACGCCAAUUAAAAGUGCUUACAAAGUAUCGGAUGAGUUACUUUCUCAUAAAAGUGCUAAAUUUACUAUUCGUCACACUGCUACGGGUAUAAUUUCACAUGUGGAUAGUGCAGCAGUAUCGGCAUUGGGUUAUUUACCUCAGGAUCUUAUAGGUCGUUCAAUACUUGAUUUUUAUCAUCAUGAAGAUCUUAUUGUUUUAAAGGAAAUCUAUGAGACUGUAAUGAAAAAAGGUCAAACGGCUGGUGCAUCAUUUUGCAGUAAACCUUAUCGGUUUCUUAUACAAAAUGGUUGUUAUGCUCUGCUCGAAACUGAGUGGACUAGUUUUGUUAAUCCUUGGUCUAGAAAAUUGGAAUUUGUUAUCGGACAUCACCGGGUAUUUCAAGGACCCAAAAAUGUUCAUGUUUUUGAACCACCACCCAAUACAAAGCCCAAGUUAUCGGAAGACUCUCAAGCUCGCAUUGCUCGUAUAAAAGAAGAUAUUGUUAAACUUUUAGCAGAAACAGUUUCCAGGCCUUCAGAUACGGUCAAACAAGAGGUCUCAAGGCGUUGUCAAGCUCUAGCCUCCUUUAUGGAAACUUUAAUGGAUGAAGUUUCUCGCACAGAUUUGAAACUGGAGUUGCCCAAUGAAAAUGAAUUAACAGUAUCCGAAAGAGAUUCUGUGAUGCUGGGAGAAAUAUCUCCGCAUCAUGACUAUUACGAUAGUAAAAGUUCUACUGAGACUCCGCCUUCGUACAAUCAACUAAAUUACAAUGAGAAUUUGCAACGUUUUUUUAACAGCAAACCAGUUACAGCACCAGUAGAGUUUGAUCCUAUUAAAAUGGAACAAACUUACAAUGCACCCGCCGAUGAACGCAGUACUCUAAGUCCGGUUCAAUGCUUUGAGGGAAGCGGUGGUAGUGGUUCAUCGGGAAAUUUUACUUCGGGUAGUAACUUAAAUAUGGGCAGUGUGACUAAUACCAGCAACACCGGCACUGGAACUUCUUCAGGAAGUGUUCCCAUGGUCACGUUGACGGAAUCUCUGCUAAAUAAACAUAACGAUGAAAUGGAAAAGUUUAUGCUUAAGAAGCAUAGAGAAUCUCGAGGACGAAGUGGUGAGAAGAACAAAAAGAAUUCUGAAAAGAUAAUGGAGUAUACUGGCCCGGGACACGGAAUCAAAAGAGUUGGUUCACAUUCGUGGGAGGGCGACGCCAACAAGCCAAAACAACAACAUACAAAUCUCAUGGAUAUACAACGUGAAUACACCGAUCAUCAUAAUCAGCCGAGCUCUAGCAAUAAAAUAUUCAAUAAUCUCCAAACCACACUCGGUGCCAAUGCUUUAACUAUUCCCUAUGCUGGAGGUCUAUCUUGUUCGCGCAACGUUAACCUUUGGCCACCCUUCUCUGUUGGUCUCACCACACCUACCUCGCAUACAGCACAAAUAGCUCAAAGUAGUUUUACCCCUCAGCACAGUCUAUUUCCCACAUUUUAUUAUAUACCCGCCACUGCCGCCGCAGCAGCAGCUGCUGCUGCCAAUCAAGUCCAAAAACGAUCUCCCGCUGAAAUUCCCAGUACUUCAAGUCAGGCGCUGCCUCUGCAAUAUAUGGCUGGUGUUAUGUAUCCGCAUCCUUCAUUAUUUUACACUCAUCCAGCUGCCGCGACCGCUAUGAUGUACCAACCGGUAUCCUUUUCGAAUAUUGCCAGCACCAUUAAUCUAGCACCUGAACAGGCAAGUUCAUCGACUGAUUUUAAAACGGCUCAAACACUAAUGGUGGCACCGACCACUACUAAACCCCAACAACAAGGAGCGUUUCACUCUAUAACUCCGUCCCAACUACAACGUCCAUCCUCUCAAGCCACAUCUGUUAAGGCAGAACCUGGUUCAAAUAUGGCACCAUCUGAUUCAUCGAAAAAAGGUAUUGCAGAUUCGCCCAUUGCAUCCGUUAUGGGUGACUAUGUAUCAGAUCAACACAAUGCAAAUAGUUUAAAACCAAAUACGGACAGCAAUGGUAACAGUGACGACAUGGAUGGUUCAAGUUUUUCAUCAUUUUAUUCGUCAUUUAUUAAAACAACUGAUGGUUCUGAUAGCCCCCAAGAAAACGACACAAGCAAAGACUCAAAACAGAGGACAUUUAAUGUACAGGCAGCUGAAAAACUCAUGGAGAAUGCUGAAGAAGAUCAAACGCAACAUGGUGAUGGUUAAACACAUAUUUAAAUCUAAAAUCAUAUAUUUAAUAAUAUAAUAGAACGGAAGAAGUUUAACACUAGCCUUGGCAUC